AAGAACUUAAAAACGAUGCUCGCUAUCGGAGGUUGGAAUGAGGGAUCAUCGCGGUUCUCCCCCAUGGUCGCCGCUAAAGACAGAAGGAGGGAGUUCGUCAGGAAUGCUAUUAAGUUCCUAAGACAGAAUCACUUCGAUGGUCUCGACCUGGACUGGGAGUACCCGGCUUUCAGAGACGGUGGAAAGCCAAAGGACCGCGAAAACUAUGCCAAGCUUGUUAAGGAACUGCGCGAAGAGUUCGAGCGGGAAUCGGAGACGACCGGAAAACCUCGUCUGCUGCUGACCAUGGCCGUGCCAGCUGGUGUCGAAUACAUACAGAAGGGAUUUGAUAUUAAGACUUUAAAUAGGUACCUCGAUUGGAUGAACCUCCUCACCUACGACUACCACUCCGCCUUCGAGCCGGCGGUGAACCACCACGCUCCCCUGUUCCCUCUUGAAGAACCGAACGAGUACAGUGUGGACAAUGAACUUAAUAUUGAUUACACAAUUAAAUUCUAUUUGGAAAAUGGCGCGGAUCCAGACAAACUGGUGCUUGGUAUCCCAACAUAUGGACGCUCUUACACACUCUUCAAUGCUGAUGCUGUCGAGAUCGGCUCUCCCGCAGAUGGACCCGGAGAGCAGGGUGAAGCUACAAGAGAGAAGGGAUACUUAGCGUACUAUGAGAUUUGUGAAGCACUCAAACCGAAGCUAAGGAAACGUGCGAUUGCAUCUGAGGAAGAAUAUGAAUCAGGAUCCGAGGAAGAUUCUGAAGAAGAGGAGAAGGAAUGGUCUGUCAUGUAUCCGAAUAAGAAUGCGAUGGGACCUGUAGCAUACAAAGGCAACCAAUGGGUCGGUUAUGAUGAUGUUGAUAUCGUAAGGAAGAAGGCUGAAUACGUUGCUGAAAAUGGACUUGGAGGUAUAAUGUUCUGGUCUAUCGACAACGAUGAUUUCCGAGGUACCUGCCACGGGAAACCGUACCCAUUGAUCGAAGCUGCAAAGGAAGCCUAUAUUUCCAAACUCGGAACAACGAAAGCCGUAGAUAAGGUUGUAGUAAAGGAGAAGUCCAAGCAAUCGAGAGCUGGUGGCCGCAGACGCAGCCGUCCCAAGUCCAGCACCACGACCACCACCACAACUACCACCACGACACCAAAACCGAUCAGAGCCAACAAACGUAAAGACGACGUAAGUACGACGCCAGCAUGGAACAUUAUUACUCCGGAACCUCCGACCACUCCUGAUCCGGGUUCAGACUUCAAAUGUAAAGACGAGGGCUUCUUCCCGCAUCCACGUGACUGUAAAAAAUACUUUUGGUGCCUUGACUCUGGACCUUCAGAUCUUGGCAUCGUGGCUCAUCAGUUCACUUGUCCAUCUGGUCUCUACUUCAACAAGGCAGCUGAUUCCUGCGACUUUGCUAGGAAUGUUCUCUGCAAGAAACCAACCGCAACAACGAAAGCGAUCACAAAACCUACCACAGCUAAGACUACAGUUACUACCACUACUCCGACGACAACAACAACGACAACGACAACGAGAAGACCCAUCAGAUUGACUUCUAGAAGUUCCUUGUUGUUCAGGACUACGACGACUACUACCACUACUCCUGAACCUGAGUCAAUUGAAGAAGAAGAGGAAGAAGAAGUAGAAAACGAUGAAGGGUCGGAGGUGGAAGCCGAAGAUCCAAGAGUCAUUAAAGAGCUGAUCGAUCUCAUCAAGAAAGUCGGAGGUGUUGAACAAUUGGAGAAGCAUUUGAAACUUUCGGAGACACCGGGAGCUACCGCUACGGCACCGCCCACUUCCAUCAACACUAAACUGUACCAGCGCGUGCUUGAACGCACCCGUGGCAAAAAUAAGUAAAGUAACAAUUGUCUUAACAGGUUCAGUGAAAACACCAUAACUGAAAGUAAUGUUCAGAAUAGUCGACGAGGUCCUCAAAACGCUGGUAUCGAGCCAUCACCUGACAAAAACAGAUUGCUCCGAAAGGAAAGACCACAAUACGUAACAAUAAACCGUUCGAGACCUACAACUUCACCAACAACACCGUUGUCAGCUGAAAGCGAGGAAGAAGAUGAAGAAGAAGAGGAGUCAGAGGAAAUUCCACAACUGUCCAGGUCAAGAGUUCAGUCACGAACAGACGUUGAUGCUGCCGUUGGAACAACUACGAAACCACUUCAAUACGUAAAUAUUAGAAGAUCCAGACCAACCACUACACCUACAGAGGCACCUGAUGAUUCAAGAAAUGCCCUAUUCGAACGAGUUGAACCAUAUGUUGCCGUUGAGUCUCCUAAUUCGGUGGAUAUCAUUAGUUCACGCCGCGAAACUACUCCUGAGUAUGUCACUAUAAGAAGAGCAAGACCAACCACUGAAACGACUACUUUGAAGUACCAACUAUCAGAAGAAGAAGAAGAAUCUCAAGAGACUGCACUGGAAAGAGAAAUAAGUUCAGCACAACCACAAUACUCAUCAGUUGUCAGAACACGAUCAACUACUCUUCCUCCUCUUGAAGAACAUAGUACUCCAGAACCAACUACCAUCCUAUCUGUACAAAUAUCGUCCUUAUUAAAUGAACCUAGUUCAAAAGAGAUUGAAAAUCCACGUUCUGAACCAGUAUCUAUUCAAAUAACUGAGUUACCUGAACCCGAAACAACGACGACGUCGACAACGACUAUUGCGACUACUCCAACGACAACUACGACAUUCACCACGCCGCCUCCAACAAAAUUAUCAACAAGAGUUCCUUUAUUGAGACGACGUGGUUCCACUACUACUACAACCACUGCUAUCCCCAUUUCUUCGACACAGGUGAGUUCUAGGAAUUAUUCAUUCAUUCGCAGACGUAGACCUUUAUCUCAACCCAACGAAAUAUCAGAAUCAAACGAAUCAAUAGAAAAUGUUAGAAAUAUUAGGUCAACCACGCCUGACAGUCGAGAAGUCAACGGCGUAAAAGUUAAUGGUGAUAGUGGACUUGUUAGAAGGUUUAGAAUUAGGAGUAGGACACAAACAACUCGUAGCGGAGAUUCGGUACCAGCUGCCGCAACGCAAGUAUUCCGAGGCCAGUUUAGACCACAGCUUAGCAGAGAUGAGCUACUAUCUUUAACACCCAUAGACGUUGAUUCAUCAGAAGUUGUAGAAAAUGACGUGGUUAUUUUGAAAAAUAGUGUUAAUAUUAGUAGUAGAGUUUUUACUACUGUAGCUGACAAGGCAGAAGAUAGUGAAAUAUCUGCUGCAACUAUUGACGAAAGGCGGUCCAGUAUUUCACCAAGAGGAAGAAGUAGAUUCCCAUCUUUCACGACCCAAGCUAUUGGCACCUCUGUCGCAACUGAAGCUCCUCUAAAUCAGAGACGCCCAACUUUCGCCAGGUUCACUCCUCGCCCAUUUGCACGAACUGUCUCCACAACAAAUCCACCCGAAAAUAAUUCAGAAAAUGAAAACAUACCAGUAAGUCAAAGAUCCCGUUCUCGUUUCUCUUUUGCUAGGUCAAGAGCGCAGUCUUCAACAACUUUACCUUCGCCUUCGCCAGUUUUUCAAGCUAGGAAAUUACCAUUUCCAUCUCGACAGCUGACAACUAGACCAAAAGUAAGCCCACAAAAUGACGAUGAGGAAGAAGAUAAUAAAAAUGAUGACAUAAAUUUGUCAGAAACUGCUAUAGAGGAAAAAGAACAUGACGGGACUGAAGAUGAAGAGCCCCAAAAGAAAACAAAUGCAUCAGAAGAUAGAUUAGAAACUAUUCCGAUUGAUGAAAGUAAUGCAGACAAAAAUGGUAGGAGAAAAUUCAGAGUUAUUCGUAGACGACCCACACUAUCGACGUCUGAGGCGUACGUAGCAAAUACAGAAGCUACUACAGCAAUUCCGCGAAUUCGGAAAAUUAUAAGAAAAAAAUUGAAGCCUGUCGAAGAAGAUGAAAUAGCGGCUAAAACUUCUGCCAUAGUAAAUGCUGGUUUUAAUGAUCCACCAAAUAAUGUUAUCAAUUACGGUGAAAAAACUCAUACUACAACUUUUUCUAUGCCACCUACAGAUGAUUAUAAAACUACAACAUACACAAAUGAAGGCUUCGAAGAUAUAACAGAAAUAUUAAAGGAGAUUGUAACAAAAUCCCCUAGUGCUAAAGAAUUUGAAACAGUAAAACAAAAGGGGGAUGAAAACAAUACAGAGGGCGAAAAAGUAAAAAGUGUCACCUCAGAGAGUGUCGAUGUGAAUGAAGAAAAUCCAGAAGUUGUCAUUAAAACUGAAGCAAUGAAUAUAGAUUUGUCUGACAACAAGGAAACCACAAUACAAGAUAAAAAAAGUAUUGACUCAAAAAUUGCCACAGAAUUUGUUUCUGACAAAGAAAGCGCUUUAACAUCCAUUGACAAUAAUAAUGGAACAUCACAAAAAAGUGAAACGGUUUCUGAAAAUUUAAUAACAACUGAAAGUAACGCACUUGAAAGUUCUAAAGAAGACACGCAAACAACUGAAUUGUCAGGCACAGAAACUGAAACAAAAGUUGAAACUACAACAACGAGCACUACUCAACUUACAUCACCAUCACCAAGAUCGAGAUCACCAUACAGACCACUUAAGAGAUUAUUUACAUCUACCACAGAGUCAACCCCGUCAAGCAGCCGAACUUACAGUCGAAAAUAUAAUCCUGGAGCGUAUACUAGUCCUGCAACUGUCGAAAGACUCGGAUUCAUUAGUAGAGGAACUACUAAACGACCUUUGUUUUCAAGAACAUUUACCAGAAGAACAUUCCCUACUAUUAGAACAACACCAAAAGCUCAAAUACAAGAAGAAGAAGAAUACUCGGAUGAAGAGAUUCUUGAAGAAGAACCAGAAAAUCCUUUCGUAUUCGUUCCACAAACACAGCUAUUUACAAGAAAGCCUGAUUCAGAAGAAUAUGAAGACGACCAAGAGGAAGAAGAAGAGAUUGAAAACGAAGAUGUAGGAGACGAUGCUAAAGAAAUAUCAGAGGAAGAAAAUUAUGAAGAUGAAGAGCAACCAGUGACGCUUAAACCUGCUACAAGACCGCAAUUCAAACCGAAGGUAAUUAAUUCGAAUACAUUUAGGACUUCUACGUCUACUACAGAAAUUCCUCGGCGUUUAUUUGGAAGUAAUAGAAAUAAAACAAUAAGCACUAGUAGGUUUGGUGGUAAUAACCUUGUAAACGAUACUAAAAAACGUGUUCAAAAUAUUCCUCUUGGUUACACAGCUAAGUCAAUUCAAAGCAUCAAUUCUAAAAACACAACAAUACAAUUACUGAAAACUACAAAGGCAGUCGAAAUUGAAACAAAAUCUACGCCUGUUAAUCAGGAAAAUGAUCAAAUAACUACGGAAAGUGAUGAUUACCUUUCAAUGGAAGAAACAAGCACGUCAGUUCCUUCAGCAACUUAUAACUCUUCAGAUGAUACAUCAACAUUGCCUGAUACUGAAAAGGAAACACUAACGACUCUAAUGGAAAUAGAUAAUAGUACCGAUGAUUACCUAGAAUUCACAACUAACUAUCCUAGUACCAAUAAUGUAGAUCUAACACAGCAAAUAGAUUCAGAAACUGUUACUGAAACAUUAGCAGACUUAAUGACUACAAAGAAAGUCGAAAAUGUGUUCGAAAUUACAACUGAAGAACCCGAAGCUACAACUAGUAUUCCUCCUAUAUCACCUAUAGUAAAAACUCAAUUUAAUAAGCUCUUUUCAAUAAGUAGGGUCGUUGAAGUAUCUUCGAAAUCAGAAAAACAUAGGUUAAAUAAAAACAAUGAAACUACUCUUAUUGAAGAAGGUAAAGUAAUGGUAGAAAAGAAGCCAACGGUGGAUAAAAUUGGUGAAGUUAGUAGAUUCAGCCUCAUUAAAAUAGUGGAAGAUGAAAUUCCAAUUUAUCUUACUAAGUUGGGACACGUGUAUCCAGUAGAUAACCCUCCUGAUAACCCAAUUAGAAUUGAUGAAGCUCGUAACGCAAGAGCACUAGUUGACUAUUUUGAUAUUCCAAGAGAAAACCUUCUUGCUUCUGAAAGUAUGAAUGAAGCCUACAGACAUGUUAGUAAGGUGUCAUCUAGUGGAACCAAACAUCAAGAUAAAGAACACGUGGAGCAUAUAUUAAGCGAUGACUUUUUAAGUUAUGUAAAUGACGAUAAAAAAUCUGAGAAACUCGAGGAUGACCAAUCUUUUAACACUCACUGGCAAUUCGUUCCCGCUGCUUACGAAAAUGAACAAUUAAAAUUGAUCAAAUCUGCUAAAACUUUUGAAGUAGUAACACCGCAUCUGAUGCUAACAGACCCGUCAACAUUGCCUGUAGAAGCCUUAUUUCAAACGGAGAAUCCUAUUCAAAAAGUAAAAAAUGAACCCAAUAAUAAAGAACCUUUUGUUGUUUAUUCUGCACCUGUACCUACACAAGCAGAAGAUGCCAAUCUAGUAAAAAUAAAAAUUUUAAAACCCCAAACAAGUCGUAGUAUAGUUACGUUCGCUAAGGGAAAAGAAUUUCAAGGACCAUCAAUAGCUGAAGAACCUGCAACAAAAACACCUAUUAAAAUAACUAUUUUAAAAGAAUCUCCCAAAUUUAUGACAAUUGAUAGCAUGAAUACAUCAAGUGACCCAUCUAGUAUUAGUACAAGUUCAGUGACAACAACUAUUUCACAAACAACUUCAGUUCCAACAGAAGCUAUUACGACUAGUCCUAUUAUGGAACUUUUAACUACUAUGCAAGCAAAUUCUGGCAAUAACCUUAAAAAAGAUUUAGAAAUAUCACGUCCCACACUAAUAACGAUAGCUGAACCAGUUACUUCGGAAACCGUACUUGAGGAGACAACCACUCCAAGAAUGUCUUCAUUAGAUGCUAAAAGAGCAAAAUACGGUCUUCCACGGAGACUAAUCAAACCUUCUAACUAUACUAGAAUUAAUUCAGUCCCACGCACCACACCUAAAAUAAACAUAACCCCAAGAAUCCUUCAAAGAAACAAUAAAACAACUGGUUUCAAUCCCAAUGUCUCGCGUUUCUCAGCAAACAGGGCACAAAAUAUACCGGUAGAUUUAAGAAAGAAAACAGCUACACCUAAAAGUAUAACUAAGGUUUCAAAAACAUACACAACAGAAGUACCACGAUCUACCACUGAAAGGAAAUCAUUUGUCAAACCGAUUCGACCACUUCGACCUUCUUUCGUACCAAAACGACUUACAACGCAACCGCCGACAGCGGUGGGAGAUACUUAAAACUUAAGAGAAAUUAACAUUUUUUCAAACCGCCAAAAUACUUAUUAGAUUUGUCGUAAAUCUGUAUAUUUAGUUGGGUUGGUAUAGUUGGCUAAGAAAUGAAAUGCUCUUUUAAACUACGAUGUUUUGGAAUUACAUUUCACUGUAUUUGAGAUGAAAUGUUAUGAUUAUCUUUCCAGUUUCAUUUUUAUAUGAUAAUUGUGAGGUCAUGUGGUAUUUAUUGGUUUUAUUCUAAGAAAUCAUAGUUUUCAUACCGCAUUUCAUUUAUAAAGGGUUUGCUUGUAUAUAUAGAUGUAUCAACAGUUUCAAUAUAGUCAUGUUAUAAAGAUUAAUAGCUUUAAUUUAGAUAUUUAUGAGUUCUGAAAGUUUUUACCAAAAAUGUAUAUUUUAAUGUUAGUUCGUUUUGGUAUAAAUCUUUCCCGCACAAAUUGUCAUAGGUUACGAUUAGUGUAAAGUUAUUUAAUGAUUCGUUAUUAACUAAUAUUUUUUUACGUUACCAUGUAUAAAUUAUCGGGCGUAAUGUAAUGAUAUUGUAUUGUAAACUUACAAAAAUAAAAGUUUUGUAAUAAAAUAUAAAUAAACUUCA